AUGACUGUUUUCGCCUUUCGACGUACUGACAAUAACUACAACUGCGGCAGCCGUGACUGCCCCGAGGGCCCUAAGGACACCAAGUCCUGCUACCGCUGCGGCCAGGCUGGCCAUAUCAGCCGUGACUGCCCCCAGGGAGGCAACGUCGGCGGUGGCGGUGGCCCCUCCAGCUCUGAGUGCUACAAGGUUGGUCGAUUCGCUCCAGAACCCGAGCUUCAGUUGAGAUGCUAA